UACUUCACUGAUAAGGAAAAAUGCGUAUUACACAUUGGAUAGAGUUCUGCAAACUCGGCCUUAUCAAUGCAACCGUAUAUGAUACUAUGCCGAUCUCUGCGGCGCGCUCUGGUUAAAAAGUGAUUUUACCUACACAUUGAUCCCUUCGUUAAACUAUUCAACUCAAUUAUACGUCGCGGUCUUUCACUCUAACAGAAGGAAAUAUGGCGGCCGAAACGGUGGGCGCGCCUUUAGAGCAGGGCGUUGGAUAUGGCAUCGUCUUGGGUCUAGGCUUUGGGUUUGCCCUGGGAAUGAUCCUAGUCACGUUCAUCCUCAAGCGGUACAAUUCAGAACUUCAAACGUCUGAAAUGUUCACCACAGCCGGCCGCACGGUAAAGAGUGGAUUGGUCGGAUCUGCCGUCGUGUCUUCUUGGACCUGGGCGGCUACACUCCUACAAAGCUCAGGUGUCUGCUAUAGAUACGGUGUUUCUGGUCCGUUCUGGUACGCGUCGGGAGCUACCGUUCAAAUUCUACUCUUCGCGACGCUGGCUAUUGAGUUAAAGAGACGCGCACCCAAUGCGCACACAUUCCUCGAAGUAAUCAAAGCUCGUUAUGGAACUAUCCCUCAUAUAGUCUUCAUGGUCUUCGGCCUCGUGACCAACAUUCUCGUCAGUCUCAUGCUGGUCGUCGGCGGCUCAGCUACAGUAAACGCUCUUACCGGAAUGCAUACUAUUGCCGCUAUAUAUCUUCUUCCUGUCGGUGUCAUAGCAUAUACGCUUGUCGGUGGGCUUAAGGCGACAAUUCUUACGGAUUGGAUCCAUACCUUCAUCCUACUGAUUCUUAUUAUUAUAUUUUCAUUAACAGCCUUCGCCUCCUCCGAUAAACUUGGAUCUCCAUCGGCUGUUUACGAUCUUCUAGUCGAAGCUGCUUUUAACCAUCCGGUUGAGGGCAAUGCCCAAGGAAGCUAUUUGACUAUGCGUUCAAGAGAAGGUGCCAUCUUCUUCGUUAUCAACAUCGUGGGAAAUUUCGGUACCGUAUUUCUGGAUAACGGAUAUUACAAUAAAGCCAUCGCGGCUUCACCUGUUCACGCCCUUCCCGGGUAUAUCCUUGGAGGUCUUAGCUGGUUCGCAAUCCCAUGGCUGACCGCCACAACUAUGGGUCUUUCUGCUCUAGCUUUAGAGAAUACCCCGGCAUUCCCGACAUAUCCUAACCGGAUGUCCGAAGCCGACGUCUUAGCCGGUCUUGUGCUGCCAUAUGCCUCCGUUGCCUUGCUAGGGAGAGGCGGCGCGGUCGGUACGCUCCUUAUUAUAUUUAUGGCUGUUACAUCAGCUACUUCGUCCGAACUAAUCGCCGUUUCUUCUAUUUUCACAUACGAUCUCUACCGCACCUAUUUCAAACCUGAUGCAAGCGGGAGACGACUCAUCUACAUGUCCCAUGUUAUCGUCGUGGUAUAUGCACUUUUUAUCUCCACAUUCUCCGUUGGACUUUACUAUGCUGGGAUCUCUAUGGGUUACCUUUAUCUCAUGAUGGGCUGUAUCAUUUCCUCCGCGGUGAUCCCCGCGACUUUAACCCUUAUAUGGAAAGGGCAGAAUAAAUGGGCCGCGGCACUAUCGCCUAUCUUUGGUCUUGCGUUUGCUCUGAUCGCAUGGCUGGUCACCGCUCGAAAGGAGUGUGGUGCUUUGGAUGUCGAAUGUACGGGAUCGAAUAACCCUAUGCUUGCCGGCAAUGUUGUUGCGCUUCUUUCGCCACUGGUGCUGAUUCCAAUUUUCACUCUUAUGUUUGGAAUGGACAACUACGAUUGGAAGUCGAUGAUGGCCAUCCGUCGAGGAGAUGACCAUGAGCUUGCUGCCACAGCGGGCGUAGACCUUGAGCAGACAACAGCCGGGCACGAGGAGACGGCAACCGAAUUAGCCGAGGAGCAAGUUCAACUGGCGCGGGCCAGCAAGAUUUCCAAGUGGACGACGGUUGGACUUACAAUAUCAUUCCUGGUUUUGUGGCCGUUCCCGAUGUACGGCAGCAGCUACGUGUUCUCGAAGCCCUUUUUCACAGGCUGGAUCACAGUGGGCAUCAUAUGGAUUUUCUGCUCGCUUGGCGCCGUGGGACUAUUUCCCGUUUUUGAAGGCCGACAGACACUGGCGAGAACCUUCAAAGCGAUCCUGUUCGACCUAUCAGGCAGAAAGAAUAUCAAAGCGAUUCGCGCAGAGAAUGAAGCCACGGCAAUUGACGGGGAGACGGCAUCAGGGACCGCGACACCGCCGAACAUGAAACAAACCGUUAAGACGGAGACGGAGACGGGUGAGAAGGCUGAGUAGGGUCGGAUUGAGGGGAGGGAGUUUCGUUAUUCUAGGAUUUUAUGAUUGUGUGAGAAGAUACCCGUUUAUAUACUUGCGUCGAGUGGGACUAGGGGAUACCUAGUUUCCAUCGAAAUCUAUUCAUUUUUACCAUUACCUGAUCUAUAAUCCACCCCGUUCUAGAUAAGCUACCUAGAUAAGUAUUCGAACCGCCUCUUAGGAAGUAGGUAGUAUAGGUUCAAGAGAGCUUUUCGUUGGACAUCCUGAAAAAGGUAUGGGGCGAGUGAAACAGGUAGGUAGGUAGGCACCUAGGUACGCUAUGCGUGAAUGAGCUCCGCGGCAAUACAUCCCGUCAUAAAGCUAUCUCUGUAAGUUGCUUAGUCCUUGUACAUCUGUAUCACUCGGUAUCAUGCGUUCACGACAUCUAAUUGAGUGAGUGCCACCAAAGCCUUUAUUUUGGUUCCUUACGUUAGGGACCUAGG